GCCUGCCGGGCUCCUCCGAGCAGUCGUCGAUAGAGGAAGAGCCUUAGUGGGUGCAGUUCAUGUUAGCCUUAACGUUGCAGUUAGCAACAGACCUCGCUGAGAAGUGGUUGAUAAAGUGUAAUACUGUACAUAUUUGAGUUUACGAAAUCUGGGACAGGAGCUGUGAUCGAGGCUCUCCGACGACCGCUUCUCCAAGAUGAGCUUCCUGUUUGGCAGUCGCUCAAACAAGACCUUCAAACCGAAGAAGAAUAUCCCAGAGGGCUCUCACCAAUACGAGCUGCUGAAACAUGCCGAGGCGACGCUGGGCAGUGGGAACCUGAGGCAGGCUGUCAUGUUACCCGAGGGAGAGGAUCUCAAUGAGUGGAUCGCUGUAAACACGGUGGAUUUUUUCAACCAGAUUAACAUGCUGUAUGGCACAAUCACUGAGUUCUGCACUGAGACCAGCUGCUCCGUGAUGUCUGCCGGACCAAGAUAUGAGUAUCACUGGGCGGAUGGGACCAAUAUUAAGAAGCCUAUCAAAUGUUCUGCGCCCAAGUACAUUGAUUACUUGAUGACCUGGGUGCAGGAUCAACUGGAUGAUGAGACACUUUUUCCUUCCAAGAUUGGAGUUCCCUUUCCGAAGAACUUCAUGUCUGUGGCCAAAACCAUCCUGAAGCGUUUGUUCAGGGUUUACGCUCACAUCUACCACCAACAUUUCGAUUCUGUGAUGCAGCUGCAGGAGGAGGCUCACCUCAACACCUCUUUCAAGCACUUCAUUUUCUUUGUUCAGGAGUUCAACCUUAUCGACAGGCGAGAGCUUGCUCCCCUGCAGGACUUGAUCGAGAAGCUUGGAUCCAAGGACAGAUAGACAUUUCAUCACAAAUCCCCUCCUCCUUUUUUUUUUAACACUUUCUUUUUCUUUUCUGUCCCUCUGUGUGACACCUGCUACCUCUUUGACUUCUGGGCUCAACUCUUAAAACCUGUGCCUUCUUCUACCUUUCUUUUCAUACAUGUUUGUACUGUGUUUUUUCUUUAUUCUUUCUGUUGACAUUUAAGCUGUGUUUGAGCCGAUUGUUUCCCAUUUUGCCACUCAUGUAUAGUGUAGUGUAGUGAGAGUAUUUUUCACAGCACUGUGGUUAAUGACUCUGUAAGAGCAAUUUUAUAUCGGACCAAGGACAUUUUGGAGUUAAAGUGGAAACCAUUUUUUCCUUAUUUGCUGAUGUAUAGUUUUUUUUUUUGAUUGUCCGAACACUUUUUAGGUAGUGAUAAGCAGUUUCCUCAUUUUUUUUUUAAACAUUUAGCUAUGAUAAUUACAAUGACUGACCAAAUAUCCAGAUAUUAGCUUUUUUUAAUGUCUGCCAUUAGCAUAAAGUGGAGAAUAAUACACAGAUGGCGGAAGAAGAAGUUAAAUUAAACAGGUCUUGGGUGGAUUUUGCACCUGUAACAAUGCACCAGAUGAAUGGUGUGGGCAGGCACAAUAAUUAACCAGAUAUACUAUAAAGCUCUCUGCCACAUGCUAUAUGUGUAUUGGACAUCACAUGCAUACUUAUGUGCUUCUUAUUGACAUACUCUGUGACCCUGUGACAUGUAAGCUGAAGCCCCAGACUGUUGAGAGGUGACUUAGUGGUUGCCCCACAAAAAACACCAGCAAUUGCUUGAAAGGUUUUUGAUUUUAAUUUGGUCACCCAAUAUUGUGUUUUGCACAUUUUUUUUGGCUGUUUUUCUAAUUAAGAUAGUAAAAUCCGAGGUUACAGGGAAACUUUAGAUCGGCUUGUUAGUUUUAUUAAAAUUAAUUUAGAAUUUAAAAGAGUUGCUUAGUUGAAAUAAUUCUGAACUCAUCCAGGAGUAGUCUAUUCUAGUGUUUUACAGUCAGUUAAGUUAAUUUCUGUGGUGCAGAUUUAUUUGGAACCAUAUAGUUGACCUUUCAAUUAUGUUACUUUUCAUUUCCACUAAAUAUAUCCCCCAUUGAUUUGAAAAUGAAAUAAUAAUGACUAUUGCACCUGUGCAUAAUAAGUGAUCAGAAUUGCCGAUAGUUUUUCCACAGAUGUUUUCCUACUCAGUGCACGGUCAUUUCCUGUGCUUAACUCUGGCUACAACAGCAGGGCUGUUUGUUCAGCCAGCCUUUUAAGAACUAACUAAUACAGAUUAAGAUUUCUUGAUGAAUGUUUUAUUUACCAUCUUUGAGCAAGGGUUGAAUGGUCUAUAACAUGUUGGACCUCAAUUUAUAAUCGGACAAUCAUGUAACACAUUAAGAGCUGUAAAAUAACAAUGCAUCACCAUGAACCAACCAAUUAUGUUGGAUUCAGUACUGUGUGGUUCACUUUGACUGCGAUUCAUCUACUUUUUAGGCCCUGAAGUCGCUUAAAAAAAGAAAGCUAGCUGCAGUUGAGAUGAUAACCUGUAGGUAUAUCAAUAUUUUUUCUCAAGACUGAGUUAUUUUAGAGUUUUUAUUUGAAUACAUAAGUCCUUUCUUUCAAGUUAGAGACAUAUUUUUGUAACAAUUGGUUUUUUCGCACACGUCAUUGAAUUGUAAAAUAAAUGAUUGAUUUUACCUUAUUCAAAAGAGGAAAAGGGGGUUUCAAUGAAUUAAGUUUUAUAUAUUAACAAUAAAGGUCCAAUUAUUUGGUGGAAAGAGUUGUGAGGAUGUAGCUGCUGUGUCCUGAUAUUCACUGUAAAUACUACCAGUGUUUUGAACAAAUCAGAGUGUGCCUUACAGGGAUAAAAGGUCUGAUAAGACAGUAUUGGUUGAUCAAAUAUUCAAUAAAAACUGAAAGGACAA